CCUGCUCUGCUCUGCUAGCUGUUCCUCUGCGCGCAGCUGUCGCGCGCGUGGCAGGUGCGCACUGCGCGUGAGGAAACCUCACACAUACACACAUACUUACAAACACUCAUUCCCACACACACACUAACUCACACAGAUACACACACACACUAGCACUGCUCUACUUACUCUCUCUCUCACACACACACACACACACACACACACAUAUACACACUCAGUUUGCAUGCGUACAGGUGAAGAGCAGAACCAGUGCGUUGGUGGAUAUGAAGGGUUCCAAACUGGUGUAACGGAGCGAACAGUUCACCAUUACCAGAGUUCUUCUCAGCACUCUACUCCACCACUACACUGUAAGGAGCUUCAGCAGCCCGCUGAGGCUGUGUGUGUAUGGACGGUAAUGGGAGAACGGGCCACCUGCACUAACCACACAAAGACCACAUGGAGGUGUCAUGGUUUCAUUGUGCUGUUGUUAGUUCUCCUUACAGCCCCACAAGCAUGGGGCCAGUGUCGGAUCCUGAGGUGUAACUCUGAGUUUGUGGCCACCACCUUGGAGCUGGGAGGUGGUGGGGGUGUUAGUGGGAAAGAGGCAGGGAAUGCUGGGUACUGCAGUGCCCUGCGUUCUUACGCCCUGUGCACGCGCCACACUGCCCGUGCCUGCCGAGGUGACCUGGCCUAUCAUUCAGCCGUGCAGGGCAUAGAGGAUCUGCUGAUCCAGCACCGCUGCCCCAGGACAGGCCCGACAGCACAGCCACGUCCACUUCCCCAGGCACCUAUAUCUCUGGAUGCCUGCUUUUAUGAGAGGGGGUAUGUGCAGCGUGAGGGCCGGGCCCCAGAGUAUCUGCACUGUGGCGUGUUUGGGGACCCUCAUGUUCGCACCUUCAAUGAUGAGUUCCAGACGUGCGCUGUUCCUGGAGCCUGGCCACUCAUCGACAACCAGUACCUCUACAUUCAGGCCACCAGCACACCCACCAGAGGGGGCUCCUAUGCCACUGCAAUCACCAAGAUCACAAUCAUCUUCAAGAACUGGCGUGAGUGCUCAGAGCAGCAGCUCUAUCAGGCGGAGCUGGACAACGUACCCCCGGCCUUCACAGACGGAUCCACGAGCAGCAGAGAGAGGCGUGGUCAGCACAGUCUACGCGUGCGCUCCCAGGCACCAGGCCACCACGCCGAGAUCUGGGCAGCGCACAUUGGCACCACACUGGUGGUACGCCAGAGUGGGCGAACACUGGGUCUGUCCGUGCGCUCACCUCGCCCCAUCGUCGAGUCCUACACACCCGAGCAGGACGUGCAGCUGUGCGUAUGGGGCUGCCCAGCCUCACAGCGCUUAGAGACACCGCAUGCUCUGCCAACUGCAGCCGCACACGCCCACUGCUCCUCUCUGCUGCCCACUCAGGACGUUUACUUUCAGGCCUGCCUCUUUGACCUGCUGGCCACCGGAGACACGAACUCCAGCUCCUCUGCAUUUGACGCUCUGGAGGACGCGCGUGCCUUGAUUGUUGACCCCCAGAAGGUGCAUCUGCUGGUAGCUGCAGGGGUCAGUGUUAGGGUCACACCUCAGCUGCCUGCGCUGCUGGCCGGCACUCUAAUCACGCUGUGGCUUGCUCUGUGAACUGACCUGAACUGAGGCCUUUUUUACUAGGGUUAGGAGGAUGGACAGCUGAAAGAAUCCCAUUAAGCAUAAUGGGAAAUUGUUGGCUACAAAGUAUCCACCAGCAUUCAUCUGUUAGACCACACACACACACGUACACACAUUACCCUGCUACUAGACAAGCACCUUCAAAAAGCAAAGCAUUAUAUGCUGUGUUUUCAGCAUUAGAUCAGCAGUACAGAUGACCAGAUGAUGAGUUUCUUUGAUUUUACCAAAUUGAAAACCUCUGGAAUAUAAUUAAGAGAAAGAUGGAUGACCACAAGCCAUCAAACCAAGCUGAACUGCUUGAAUUUUUGCACCAGGAGUGGCAUAAAGUUAUCCAAAAGCAGUGUGCAAGACUGGUGGAGAACAUGCAAAGAUGCAUGAAAACUUGAUUGAAAAACAGGGUUAUUCCACCAAAAUUGCUUUCUGAACUCUAAAAACAACUUUGCUUUAUUUGAGGUCUGAAAGCUCUGCAUCUUUUUUGUUAUUUCAGCCAUUUCUUAUUUUCUGCAAAUAAAUGCUCUAAAUGACAACAUUUCUAUUGGGAAUUUGGGAGAAAUGUUGUCCGUAGUUAAAAAAUAAUAUUUUAAUAAUAUUUUACUUUAAUACAAUAAAACAACACUGUUUAUUUAACUCAAACAUAUACCUAUAAAUAGCAAAAUCAGAGAAACUGAUUCAAAAACUGAAGUGGUCUCUUAAUUAUUUUCAGAGCAGAUUCCAUUAUGUGGAAUAUAAUGCCACUUUCACACAAAAAAUCUUAUGUCUUGACAAUAAAAAAUAACUUUAAUUUUCAGUGGAAGUGAAUAUAAAAAUAUAUAAAUCCAAGUAAUUUGGGACUUUUCUAUUUGGUAUUAUUGCAUUUGAUGAUGGACUUCAACUGAAAAUUAAGAAGUUUUUUUUUUGUUCUACAGUAUUGUCCCAAAAAACAUGCCCAUGUGGGUCUGUAUGGGUAGCCCAACUUGGAACUAGAAAGUUUUGUCCCCUGGUUCCAUGAUGGCCCCACACUGUUCAAGGGGCCUAGAUGGGACCCGUGUGGGAUUAAGGUGGACUCUAAUGAUAGGGCUCCUAUGAAAGUGGAAAGCCUAACUGGGUCCCAAAAUUCACUUAGAACACAUCCUAAUUAAACUUAGAACUUAGAACAAAACCUAACUAAACCAUAUUCUGCUUAUGUAAAUAUGUUGGCUAGGUAAAUACAAUAAUUUUGAACAGCAGUGACAAUAUACUGUGUAUUAACAACAGAAAUAAAGCCACAUUCAAUCACACACACACACAAACAACAUUUUUGGAAGAGUCAACUGCAUUACAUAUUUAAGUGCCAAUCAUUCACCUAAUAUUUGUAUAGACAAAGGUAGUAGACAUUCUCCAGUGUUCUGAAGUCAUAAGCAGUUAUUCAUCUCUCAAAAACACUAGACACGACAACAGCUCUGGGGAGCCAUGACGAUUAAAACGUUGGUUAUAUUAUUAGGAGGUUUUGAGCCAAACCCCAGCAAACCAACAAUCAUAUGCAGUCAGGAAUCUAGAUCAUAUCAGUUAGCAUUUUCUGCCAAAACAAUGAUGCUGCAUUAAUGAGAUUUUAAUAGACAAUAUUACACGUCUCCACACUUUACCCUUCCAACCUAGCAAUAAAUUGAGUUACAGCAGUUCACUCUAUAGAAAGUAUAUUAUAUUACAUUAAAUAUAUGGUACAUAUGGAUAUAUGGUAUUGUUUAAUAUAUAUAUAUAUAUAUAUAUAUAAAGCACUGUUAUUUAGUAUCAGGUAAAGAAGGUCAUUGUUAUAUUAAUAUAAAAAACAACUGUUUGGACAAUCUGAUGUCACUCAUAUGGCAGCUAUUCUCUGAUAGAAUAAUAUGUUUUAUAUAUAUCAUCAGUUAGGCCUCAAUUACUACAUACUGUACUGAUGUAAUGCGCUGUAAAUUUAGCUGUGAGUAAAACUCUGAUCUUGUUCAUCAUAUUGGAUAGAUAUUUAAAUCACGGAUCUAGGUUCAACAAGUGAGAUUCACAGUAAUGAAAUGUGGUUUUAUAAAAAAAUAUAUGCCAAAAACAUCUGUUAAUUUAUUUUUAAGUUUGUGUCUAUUUUGAAGUGUUAAAACUGCACAUAUGAUGUUAAUAUUAAAAUAUGUUGUUUAUGUAAUAAUAUUUUUAUUAUGAGUGAAAGGUUUAUUAUGUUUAACAGAGAUAUACUGUAUUAAACAAUGGACAGAAGGAGACAGUCUGGAACUGUCUCUCAGACAACAAAUUCAGUGUUAUGUUUUUAACAAUAUACAGUAUUAACAAGCCCAGUAACACAAACUGUGUAAAUCUGAAUGUGCUGUUUUUCACUUUGUGUUCUAUAUUAAUAUCAGGUUUAAAUCUGUGUUGAAAUAAGGAGACAUUUAUAAGUAAGAUAUUUGCAGACAAAACUAGAUUAGACUGACUGAAGACAUCAUGAAUAACCAUGUGUUUCCUAUCCACAUAUCCUCUCACUGAGCAAUUUAUUAAAUGUCUCAUUCCGUUUUUCAUUCAUUUUAAAAUCUCUAGUUUUGGUCUCUAGUAUGAAUGAAUGACAUGUGAGUGUUUUUUUUGUUUAAAAAAAAAAACAAAAAAAAAAACAACAAAAACAUGCUGCGGUGAUUCGGUAUAACGUGCUUUAGUCCGGUGGAGGAGUAGGCGGGAGAAAUGAGAGGAUUUAGGCUCUUGCUUAUGAAUUGGAUUUUUACUUGUAACUAGUGUAAACAGAACUGUUUUAAACAUACACAUACCUACCUCAAUUGUACUUCACUGGUGUUCCAUAAUCAAAUUGUAAACAUAACACUGAUUUGAUAUUUGCACAAAUAAAACAGGAAUGAACUGUCA